GAGAGAGUGCAGGAGAGAGCAGAAUAUAACACGGAUAAUAAACUCAGCUCGAUAGAAACCAGGCAGGAUUUUGAUGACAAUGGGACCCAAUGGUCUGACCUUGCUGGUGAUUUCACUUGGAAUUGCUGCUGCACAGAAUGCCGUACGAGGAGUCGAUCUACCCAUCAGCCUGUACACCGUCACCUCUAAAAGUGCAGUGUUGUCUUGGAGUAAAUACGCAGGCUCGUCCUCGUACAGACUCACAGCAAGUCUGCGCAGUUCUCCCAACCAGUCCGUCUUCACCACCUUCGGCCAGAACACCGUCAUGGGCUCUGUCACCCCUCUGUACCCCAACAGUGUCUACACUUUUAAGGUAGAGGCCCUGGACGGCUCCAUGGGCGUGCUGGCUUCUGCCACCGUAGAUGGAUACACUGCUCCUGAUGUCCCGACCAUCACGGCGGCAUCCUCGAAACAGAGCCAAAGCAUCACAGUGGAGUUCACACAAGUCUCAGGUGCCUCCUCGUACCUCGUGCGCACGGAGACCAGCAACGGCUUCUUCUCAGAGACGACCGUGCAAGGAUCACCGGGGACAGUGUCGGGUUUGCAGCCUUACACCGACUACACUCUGAGCGUCAUGUCCGUCAACAUUGGAGGCAGGAGCCAGCCUUCGCCAUCAGUCCAAGCAAAGACAGUUUUGCCCGCUCCUCUGCUAAACAGCAGCUCCCCCAGUAACAGCAGCAUUGUGGUGAUCUGGGCUCCGGUUCCCAAUGCCGUACUCUACAGUGUCAGCAUUAUCCGUGAUGGUUCAUACCAACAGAAUCGCCUCAACACCAGCAACACCAACGUGACCUUCGGCGGCCUGGAAGUCGGCACUAACUACUGCAUCAAAGCUAACGCCUGGAGUCCAUCGAGCAUCCCCGGAGAUGACUUCACCGUGUGCCAGAUCACCCGUCCUCGUACUCCUCAGUUGAUUGCAUUGGUGACCACGACGGUGAACGAUGUUGUGGGUCUGUCGGUGUCCUGGGAUCCUGCUCAGGGAGCCAGCUGGUACGUAGCCGUGAGCUCGUCUGGACUCAACUGCUCGUCUGCUUCGACUUCCUGUACUCUAAGUCCCCUGAGCUGUGGACAAAUCCAGUAUAUCUCCGUUACUGCCUCGAACCAAGCCGGAACGAGCCAAGCUUCAGCGACACAGCGUUACGUUUCAUUCCCGUGUCCUCCAGAGCCGGUUCGUGUGGAUGACAUCGGAAACGGUAACUGCUCCCUGUCCUGGAACUCCGUGUCCUACGCGGAAUAUUACACGGCCUUCAGCAAGCGAGACGACGGAAUCGAAGAGAUGUGCAACUCCACAGGCACUUCCUGUAACUUCAGCUGCAACUGUGGCUACUCGUUUAUCAUGAGCGUGUUCGCUAACAACCAAGCCGGAGUCAGUCCUCCAGGACGUGUCCUAAAUCAGACAUCCUUGCCAUGCUGUCCAGAGAACGUGUCAGUGUCAGACAAUUCCUGGGAGUCAUUGAUGAUCUUGUGGACACCGGUUCGUGGGGCAGAAUUGUAUGAGGUACAGGCCACAGACCCUUCUAACCGCAUGGUGAUGUGUAAUGACACCUCACCCAUGUGUGUACUCUCUACUCUCAACUGCAACACCUUGUACAACGUCCUCGUCUCUCCCUGUAACGAAGUGCGGGGGUGUAAUCGCUCCUGCAGACUCCGGUCAUCUGAAACAACUCCCUGUAUGCCUGAGGGAGUGAGCGUGAGUCCGACUAACUCCUCCUCCUUCAGCAUCACCUGGAUGGCCACUAAUAACGCUGCCAACUACACAGUCACUGUGAUUGGAUCAACAGAUGGCGCCUUCACCUGUCAAUCAAGAGCAACAUCCUGUCAGGUGAACGGAUUAUCUUGUGGUUCCUCCUAUCAGGUCACCGCCAUCGCCUCCACCGCCGCUGGAACGAGCAUGCCCAGUUACAGCGUGCCCUUACAGACAGCUCCGUGCUGUCCGGCCACGUUGAACGUCACUCAGGUGACCCAGGCCAUGAGUAACGUCACCUGGUCGGCUGCUCAGGGAGCUCAGUCUUUUAUGGUAUCGCUGACUUCAUCACGAGGCAACGCCACAUGUCGCACCACACAGACCAAGUGCCUGAUGGGAUGCAUCACUUGUGGAACAAACUACACUGUCUCGCUACAGGCCACCAGCUCCAAGGGAAACAAAUCAGUGUGCACGUACCACGGCUUCUCCACCAGUGAGUGCUGUCCUUCAAGAAUCCGUCUGUACACACGUUUAAAUAACACCCUGCGUGUCUCCUGGUGGUCCUCGAGCUCCAUCAGUAACUUCACGGCCCAGGUGACGGGUGGAGGCCGGGUCUACGUCUGCAGCCCAGCACCGGGACAGAGCAUGUGCGACGUGUCGGACGUCACGUGCGGUGACGUGUACACGGUCAUGGUAGCACCCAUAAACCUAGAUGGAACCAUAGUGCAGUUCUGUCCCAAUAGGAUGUACUCCGUUUAUUGCUCUGGCAGUGGAGUCGGAACGGUACUCUAUCGAGGGAAGAGGAGUCUGGAUUAGCAAAUGCUUCCUCAGACGACGAGCACGGCUGCACUCUUCUGCAUAACGUCACAUCCUUGACCCCACGUUAGCUGACCCCACUUUACUAACACACUUUACUAACCUCCCGUCAUGUCCCAGAGAUCCACUAAUUAGGAUUUACGUAUAUCGAUAAGUAUUUGUGCCUUAAUGAUAGAGUGUAUUUAAUUAACAACAAUAAAAAGCCAUUAAAUGAAUGUAUUCAAAGGUUCUUACUAACCCAGCUAAGCAAAAACAAGUCAAAUCACUGUAUUCAUGUUAUGUAUGUAGUGUUUAUGUGGUUGUCGGGCAACACAAACUUAGCUUGAAAAUUAUUUUUCGUACUUUACCGAUGUUGGUUGAAAAACUACCAGAUUUGCACAUGAUUCAGGUAUCCCUACAUUGUUCUCAGGGUAAUGGCCAUUUCUUUCUUUGUUCUAUACAGUAAGUUCCAAAAAUAUUUGUUUUAUAGAGAAACAGAGCCAAACUUUAAAAAAAAAAAA